AUGGAGCACCCUACAUUCAGGAGGGCCCCUAAUGGGACCGUCCUGUUGAAGGCCUCUCCAGAGGCCCUUGGCCCUCAGCAGGUAGCUGGGGGCCAGGCUCUCUCCAGGGCCAAGAAGCCUGAGGAGGUGGACGCAGAGGCCUGGGCCCACGUCAGCUCCGAGGGUGGCGACACCUCCAACGCCACCCUCGUCCUGAGCCGGUGGAAGAUCCAGUUCGGUCGAUACCAGGGCAAGACCUUCCACUGGCUCCUGGAGAAUGACGUGGGCUACUGCGUCAACCUGGUCUCCUCCCACCAGAAGGAGCGAGAGAGGACGGGGUCUCAGUCCCCACUGAUGGCCAACAAGGACGCCUUCAGCCGCUACUCCUCAGCGUACCCUGACUUCGAGGAGGCAGUCAGGUUCCACCAGGCGUUUGAGGAGGCGCGGCAGAGGUCCCUCCGUCCCGGUCAGGAGGGACAGGCCCUUGUUGGCUUCGGGGACUUCAAAUUCGAGACCCUGCAGAGCCUGUAUGAGUCUGAUGACCCCAAAAAGAUCCGAUUUGUCAACUACCUGCGAAGGAAGGCACCAGCUCCCGGUACGCAGAUGGAGAACGCCGUCAAGUUUGUCCGGAGCAGAGACAGACAGAAGACCAGUGCUUCUGCUGCUGCUGCUGCUGCUGCUUCAUCCACCAGCACCAGCAGCAGCACCGCCACCAGCAGCAGCAGCAGCACCAGCAGCGGCGGCUCAGUCUCUGUCUCGGCCGCAACCAGGAGUGCAGCUCAGCCUCUUGGUUCAGCUCUUGCGGCCUUUGUCUCCGGGCGGCGUUCUCUGUCUGCGGUGGAAAUGCAGGCCCAUGUAAAGAAGAUGGUGGCCCCUAAGCCUGCAUUUUCAGGCAAGUCCAGCCUAAAUUAUAUUCAGAGUUAG